CCGUCUCCUAGCAACGGCUGGAAGCGUUGCGGACUUCCCGGGCAGCGUUGGCGCCGGACUGAGCCGAGAGUCCAGCUGUCUGCACGAUGGCAGAGGUGGAGGAAACCCUAAAGAGGAUCCAGAGCCAUAAAGGGGUCAUUGGAACUAUGGUCGUAAAUGCAGAAGGCAUCCCUAUUCGAACAACGUUGGACAACUCAACAACGGUUCAAUAUGCAGGUCUUCUUCACCAGCUGACGAUGAAAGCCAAGAGCACCGUACGUGACAUUGAUCCUCAGAACGACCUCACUUUUCUUAGGAUCAGAUCAAAGAAACAUGAAAUCAUGGUAGCCCCAGAUAAAGAAUAUCUUUUGAUUGUCAUUCAGAACCCAUGUGAAUAGAUCUGCUACAGCCCAGCCUGUCCUAUGAUGUCAGAUUGAAAACAUUUUACUUUAUUACUAAGAUUAUAUUCCAAUCUAACUGACCUUUCAGACACUGUUUUCUAUUUUUACAUUUAAACUAUUUGGCACGUCUCAUUUAGUCCCUUUCCAAUGUAUUAUAAAGUUGUGAUUUAGCUACAUAAUAAAUGAGUUCUGAUA